CGUCAUUUUCUCAUACCCCUGAGAGUCUGAGACCCAAAGCCCCUCCCCUCUCCCUCUUUCUCUCUCUCCCCAUUUCUCUGUCUCUGUAUUCCUGCGGAAGUACACUGGAAGGUUAGAGAGUCCAGAAAGGCAACAAUGGCGGGGUUGAUACGGAGGGCUAUAGCUGCAGGUGUUUCAUCUGCAUCGAGAUCGACAGCGGCGUCGUUUCGGUAUGUGGUGGUGCGGGGCAUGGCGUCGGAGGUCCAGGCCCAGCAAGUGGACCUCAAGGCCCAAGACAAGACGAGCUUGAAAACGUUCUCAAUCUACCGGUGGAACCCAGAAAACCCGAAGAAGCCGGAGCUCCGUGAGUACGAGAUCGACCUCAAGGAGUGUGGGCCCAUGGUGCUCGACGCCCUCAUUAAAAUCAAGAACGAGAUGGACCCCACCCUCACCUUCCGUCGAUCUUGCCGCGAAGGGAUCUGCGGCUCCUGCGCCAUGAACAUCGACGGCUGUAACGGGCUCGCUUGCUUGACGAAGAUAGCGCCGUCGUCUUCCGUCGGAGCGACGACGAUAACGCCGUUGCCGCACAUGUUUGUGAUAAAGGACCUGGUGGUGGACAUGACCAACUUCUACAAUCAGUACAAGAGCAUAGAGCCGUGGCUGAAGAGGAAGAGCCCGCCUACUGAGCCCGGGAAAGAGAUUCGCCAGAGCAAGAAGGAUAGGGCUAAGCUGGAUGGGAUGUACGAGUGCAUAUUGUGUGCCUGCUGUAGCACAUCCUGCCCCAGCUACUGGUGGAACCCGGAGUCUUAUUUGGGCCCCGCCGCCUUGCUCCACGCCAAUCGGUGGAUAAGUGAUAGUCGUGACGAAUAUACAAAGGAGCGACUGGAUGCGAUAAAUGAUGAGUUCAAGCUCUAUCGCUGCCAUACCAUAUUGAACUGCGCUCGUGCCUGCCCAAAGGGUUUGAACCCUGGAAAGCAGAUCACACAUAUCAAGCAGCUCCAGUUAGGAGUUGGUGCUUGAGUGUCUUGAGUUUAACAAGCAUCAUAGUGUGUGCAUUUGACCAGUUUUUCUGGGAAUUUUUUUAGGUUCCAUCAAUUAUGUGGUUUGAUCAAAUAAUUUGUGAACUGAUUGUAUCUUUUACAUCCCUUUUAUAAAUUGGGAAGGAAGGCUGUUGCUUUUGUUUAUAAAUAAGUAUUUAUAGAA